AAAACGAAGAAAAUGGGACAGAUGUAGAAAAAGAUGAGAAUACUGUGAAAUGUAGUUCUGAGGUAAUUGUCGAGGAAAUUAAUUCUGAUCAUAACAAAGCUAAGAGUCUAAAUGUGUCCGAAUUGAUGUCAUUAAAAUUAAGUGAAAAUGAAACUUUGGAUUUUAAAGAUUGUGGUACAUGGCCUGAAAAAAUAAUAGAUUCUCAAAGAACUCAUAUUGUUAGAAUGAGAAUGAACUAUAUUGAAAAAUUGGAUCUUACUAGAUCUGAAAGAGAAGGGCGAUCUGUUAAUGUUUCUUGGUUUUUCAAAAAUCUUGUUAAUGGAAAUCAAUGUCGUCGAACUUGGCUUAGCUACUCCAAAUCAAAAAAUGCAUUAUUUUCAUUAGAUGGGUUUAUUAAUUGGAAAAAAUUUUCAGAAAGAAUACCAGAACAUGAAAAUUCUAAUAUUCAUAAAAAGUAUUUUUGUUCGUGGAAAAUGCUGGAAAUGUCAAUUUGUGAAGGUAAAGGAAUUGAUAUUGAGUUACAAAAUGAAAUAAAGUUAGAAGAAAAUCAUUGGAGAUUAGUAUUAAAAGCAAUAAUUGACAUAAUUAUGCAUCUAGCAAUGGAGAACAGUGCUUUUCGUGGAACUGACGAACUUGUUUCUAAUAUAGAUAUCUCACACGAAGAGCAAAUGUCUCAAGUUAUUCGUUAUGUGGUUGUAAAUGAAAAUGGAUGUGAAAUCGUGGAAAGUUUUCUAGGUUUUUUACAAGUUUUUAAAAAAACUGGUGAGGCAAUAAAAGAAGAUAUUUUGAGAAGCUUGUCUAAUCAUAGUAUUGAUUUAUCCUACUGUCGCGGUCAAUCAUAUGACAAUGGAGCUAAUAUGGCCGGGAAAUGGAAAGGUGUUCAAGCUAGGAUCAGUUCUAUAAACUCUUUGGCUAGGUUUAUUCCUUGUACGGCCCACAGUCUAAACUUAGUAGGCUUAUAUGCCGCUAAAUGUUCACCAGAAUUAGAAAAUUUCUUUGGUAUAGUUCAAAAAUUGUUCAAUUUUUUCUCUAGUUCUACUCAGAGAUGGGAUAUUCUUAAAGAACAUCCUAAAUUUUCAUUGAAAGGUUAUAGUACGACCAGAUGGUCUGCAAAACAACGCGCUGUUAAAUCAUUAUGUUUGCAGUUAGGCCAAGUUAUUCAUGUUUGUAAGUUACUCAAAAAUAGUAAUUUAUGUGAAGAAGCAAGUGUUGAAUUAAAUGGUUUGUUGAAAGGGAUAGCAAAUUUUAAUUUUAUAUAUAUAGCCACUCAACACUUAAAAGGUCUGAUAUAUUUUAUUGAGAAAUUUAGGGAAGAAGGUAUUGAAGAAGCACUUGAUGAAUCAAAACAAAAAUCAACCGAGUUAUCAAUAGAACCGGUAUUUCCAUCGAUUCGAGUUAGAAAAAAGAAAAAAAUGCCUGGUGAAUUAGCGGAGGACGAAUCAUCAACAUUAUCCGAAGAAAAUAAAUUUAAAAUUUUAAUGAAAAAAGUCUGUGAUAGAAUCUUGAACGGCUUAAAAGAAAGAUUUGACUCAAUUGAUGAAGCUUUGGAUAGUUUUACUCAACAUGCAAUUCAAUUGGAUAAUAAAUUAAUAGAUGCUCGUUCACAUGAAAUUUUAAAUUUUAUUCUUAAAAAUAGUCUUCAAGAAGCUUAUCCUAACAUAUUCACAGCUUAUCAAAUAUUUUUGACAUUACCCGUUACAUCGGCAUCUUGUGAACGUAGUUUUAGUAAACUGAAACUAAUUAAAUCAUAUCUAAGAUCAACUACAAAGCAAACAAGAUUAAAUGACCUGUCAAUUAUAUCCAUUGAGCACCAAGUUGCUAAAUCCAUAGAUUAUGAAGAUAUCAUUAAAGAAUUCGCACUUAUAGAUUUGAAUAGUAUGCUGAAUCUCCAAGAUGAUUCCCCAACAGACAAAGCCAAAUUUCCAUGGAUUAUUACUGAUGCAAAUUUAAUAAGAAGUUUGAUUUUAUAUGGACCCUGUAAGCCAGAUAUUAACUUUUUCCCAUCUUAUGGCAAAUUUAAGUGGGAUUGGAUUUAUGGUAUUAAUGAUUGGAAUCACUUGUCACAAAGUAUUCAAAGACAUGAAUCAUCUAUUCAACAUUUGGAUGAUGCCAAAAUUCGUUACAUUUGGGUUAAAAAUGAAACCAUUGACGAUAGUUUAGAAAAACAAUAUACUGAUGAAGCAGUGAAAUGGAGGAAUGUAUUGAAAAGGUUGAUAAAAAUUAUACUUUCUAUAACAUCAGGAAAUUGUGCUUUAAGAGGGAAUGAAGGAGGCCUAAAAAUUAAGUGUGCCACCGAAGGAAACUUUUUAAGAACAGUUCGAUUACUCGCAGAGUUUGAUCCUAUUUUAUAUGAUAUUUUAAAGUUAUGUCAUUUAAUUUGUAAUAAAAUAAGAUCUAGUAGUUUCUUUUCUGUUAUAUUAGACUCAACUCAAGACAUAACCAAACAAGACCAACUCAAGUUCGCCAAGAUGGGCUCAGCUAGCCUUUGGUGA